ACUUGCUCUAAUCAGUAGUACAACUCUGAUACCGAAGCUAAAUUAUGUUUGCCAUUAUGAGAUAACACUCGCAUUGAUAUAACCCGUUAUAAAGAAAAGUUUGGAUUGUUGAAAAGGAAGAAAAAAGGUCCACCAUGGAUUGAGGGACACUGUUCUGUGACAUGUAUUGGAAGUCUGCAUGAAGGUAUCGAGAUCGUAGUGAGAUACAUAACGAAACAUCAAAGUCAUGUUAUGUUGGUCGUUGUACCGGAAGUUCCGUGGAAGAAUCGGCAAAAUGGUCGCCGUCCUGUGCAUCGUCUAUAUAGCCGCACAGAUUGCCUUUCUUAGUACUACAAAAGUUCCGCCUUUUUCACAAGGAUCAUUGUCUACAUCAAAUGGGACUGGCGAGUCCAUGGCGACAAGGCCCAUGUCCCCCUCCAAGCGUGUAGACGUUGGGCAGAUCAUUAAUCCGCCCUUCAAGGUUUUGAUGUAUGGACAACCGAGAGGACACAAGGGUUUAUUUACGAUUGGAAUUCCCUCAGCCCAACGUCCGAAUACCGAUAGAAUAUAUUUGUUCGACACUGUGGACUCAAUUAUCGAUAAAACAACUGAAAGCGAGAAAGAGGAAGUGACGUUGGUUAUAAUGCUCUGUGAUUUAAACUCUACCUAUAACACACACAUAUCGGUAAACGUUUAUAACACAUAUCAACAACACGUCGAAAGUGGUUUUAUUCAAAUAAUUCACACACAAAGGUCAAUUUAUCCGGACCUUGAACAUGUUAAACCAACGUUUAACGAUACGAAAGAUCGUUUAAAAUGGAGGGCGAAACAGAAUGUUGAUUUUUCUUUCCUUAUGCAUUAUAGUAUCAAUAUAUCCGAGUACUAUAUCCAGCUCGAAGACGAUGUAAUCGUUGCUUCCGAUUUUGUAAAUAGCAUCAAAUCUCAUCUUUCGAUUUCAACUGCUUGGGCUGUUUUGGAGUUUUCAAGAUUGGGUUUUAUCGGGAAAAUGUUUAAAUCUUCUGACUUGGAAUAUGUAGCAUCAAAGUUAAUGUUAAGAUACGACGAGGCUCCAUGUGACCUUCUCCUUAGCCCGAUACGAAUGGAUCUGGGGCAGAAGAAAUCAAUUCAUUCCAAACAAAGCUUAUUCCAGCAUAUUGGGAGAUUUUCAUCGCUGAAAAACAAGCUGAUGCCAUCUAUUGACAAUAAGUUUAAAGAUAAUGCGAACGUGACUUUUGAUUUGUACAACUACCCAGCUGCAGACGACCCAGAAGCAUCUUUUCAAACGACAUUUGAAACUUACUUAAACUUCACAACAGAAUUUGCCUAUGACAAUAAUGCCUCUUCAUUCUUCUGGGGCAAAACACCAAAGAAGGGUGACACCUUUACGCUGGUUUUAGCCAUGCCACAGAAUCUCACGAGGAUCGUAGUGUUGACAGGUAAAAAGGAGACCCGGAAUGACAACCUUCUGUAUACAGAUUUAGAAUGUUCAACGUUCCAGUUUGGUUCUUCGGAGACGGACGAGUGUGGGACAAUGUUUAUCAAAUUGACUGGCUUGGCUGACGGGGAUGCAGACACGCUGGCCACAGGGACAGCAAUCCCAAACAACGUUAAGUGCUUGAGGCUUAGAGUAAAACGUAAACUUAGAACUUGGGUUGUAAUACGGGAAAUCUUGUUGUAUACGUAAGAGGAUUCCGAUUUUGCUUUGUUUUAAGUGCAAUUAUUUAUUUCAAAAUCAUGA